GAUGUUUCAAAUGCUCUAUUAACCCUUCAAUUAAAGCAAAAGUAUAGAAAUAUCACUGCCUCAGCAUCGCCGUUUCUCUCAUCCCCAGUCGCCGACCGCCGUUUUCGUUUCUCUCAUCGCCCGCCUCGCCGCCCGCCGUUUUCAUUUCUCUCAUCGCCCGCCGUUUCUCUCACCCUUGAAUUAGUCAGGGGAAUGGAGAGAAAAGAAAAUUUGAAUAACUUCAUUGUUGGGGACUUGCCAACAUUAUUUUACAUCCCCGAUUUCAUCACGGAUUCCGAGCAAGCUCAGCUCCUAAAUAAUAUUUACCAAGCACCUGUUUCAAAGUGGAAAUCUUUGAAGAAUAGAAGACUACAGAAUUUGGGCGGUGUUGUUCAUGAAAAGGGUCUUCUGACACAAGAUUUGCCACCUUGGCUAUCUAAGAUUACAGAAAGAAUACGUGAAGAAUCAGGACUUUUUCCUUCUGCAAUCAACCAUGUUCUUAUCAAUGAAUACCUUCCAAACCAAGGAAUAAUGCCACACCAGGAUGGACCAGCUUAUUAUCCUGUCGUGGCAAUUCUGUCUCUAGGAUCACCUGUUGUUAUGGACUUCACUCCUCAUUCAAGAUUAGAUUCAUGCAGAAGAACAUCAACGGAUGAUAAUGGGGCAGAAAAACAUCAACCCUUUUCUGUCCUGUUGAUGCCCCGCAGUUUAUUGAUCUUCAAGGAUGAUGCAUAUUCAGAUUACUUGCAUGGUAUCGAAGAUAACGUGGUACAUCAACUGGUUAAGGUUGUAAAUGAAAAUGAAGCUUUGUCGAGGUCAGCCUCGAGAGAUGCUGAAGUGAUUAGAAGUGAAGAUACCAAGGUUGUGAAUAGAACUGAGGGCAGAAUUUCUUUGACAUGCAGACUUGUAUUGAAGGUUCAUAAAAACUUGUUCAGGUUUUAAAUUGUUCUCUCAACUCUAGCUAGUGUGAAACUUGUUAUGAUUCUAUUAUUUUUU